AUGAAAGUCAAAAAACCGAAGAUUACAGAUAUCCAAAUAACGAUCGUGUGGGAUAUUACGUUUUCUUAACAUUCACUUUGAUCACUUUGCAUUUAAACUUAAUAGGUUGUUGUUACAUAUUUUAUUGGACUUUCAUAUACUGGAGAAGAAUUGGAUCACUCCCAAUGGUUUUAAAAGUUCCAUUUUAUAUCGCAUGCAGCGACUCCUUAAUAACAUUAAGCGAGCUCCCAGAAUUUUAUUAUUUAGCAACGCAUGGCAAACUUUUACCGGAACUUCAAUGUAGAAUUACUGGAGUGUUUGUAAUAUUAAUUGUACUGGCAAACGUUUUGUUGGGAGCCUGUAUUUCAAUAAACACAUUUAUAAGGGUAUGUUUAAAUAAGCACCCAGGUUUAGGGAAAUACGAUUGGAAAUUAUUAUCACCUGUCAUAAUAAUAAGUCUUAUUUCUACGUCACCAAGUAUCGAAAGGUCUGGAUCUGACGAAUUCUGGUGUGGGUCUAGAGACUUGCAAGGCACGUUAAUACUAUUGACGUCAACUGUGGUCAUAAUAACGUUUUGUUAUGGAAGUAUACUUUAUAAAGUCAAAAAAAUUGAUCGACAAACAUUAAACGGUAAAAAGCAAGGAAACAUACGUACACGUGUAUACAAAAAAAUAGCUGGAUAUAUUUUAAUUUUGAUUUUUCAAUGGGCUCCUUCUUUAUCAAGAUUUGUUUAUAUCUUGUUCUCGCCGACCACACCGACUUGGCUUUACAUUUUAAUAGGCGUAACAAUAAAUUCAGGCGGUAUCGCGAAUGCCUGCAUGUAUCACUUCCAAGAAGCAUUUAAAGAAGAGUUCAACUCUUUUUCAUUAAAAGGUACGAUGGAUGGUAGUAGUAACGAAAAUAACCGUAUAGAACUUCAUGAAAUACCAAUUGCAACUAAAGUAGAUUUUUAUAAUGACGAUAAUAAUAAAUUAUGA